AUGAAGCCGGAAGCGGCGGCGUUCCUCUCGUCCCUUUCCUCCUCCGGCGCCUCCCCUUCCUCCUCUUCCCGCCGCGAGCACGCCGCACCCGCCGCCGACUCUUCCGAUUCCCCCGGCUGCAUGGCCGGCAUUCUCCGCAUCGUCUCCAGGUACCACAACGGCCGCCGCCGCCGCCGAUUCCUCACCUUCCGACGUACCUCGCCCGCCGCGAUAAUCGCCGGCGAUCACAAACAGUCCGAACCUUCCGACACCGCCAAAAGCAAGCCGAGACUCGCCAGCGAGGUGCCGAGGAGCCCGACGAUCCCGCCGGAGAUCCGCCGGUCACCGGACCUCCCGCCGAAAGCUCCCGGCGGCGGGAACAACGGUCACAAUCGUAAUACCACCACUACUCGACAAGCCCUGGUGGCGAGGCUGAUGGGGCUGGACGACGGCGUGGUGGCGGCGGAGCAGCGGCGGAAGCUGCUGGGAGCGCUGGAGAAAUGCGACGAGGAUCUGAAGGCGCUGAAGGAGAUGAUCGACGAGGUGAAGAAGAGCGUCGGCGGCGGCGGCGACGGAUCGAAAGUCGGCGGCGAUGGGCCUGCAGCGGAUUACGCCUCGUUUGCGGCGGCGGCGGCGGCGGGGAACGAUAACAAUAGCAGCAAGGAAGCCGAUUUAGAGGAGGAUUCGAGCGAUCGACUGCCGCCGCUCAGUGAGUUGACUCGCCCGCAUCAGAAUAAUAAUCAUUAUAACAAAAGUCACGCUCCUUCUACCGGAGGAGGGAUCCCGAGGCAGCAAAAGAAGAAGCCAGGAGACCACGAAGAGGGGAUCUUCUUCUUCGACAUCUCCUCCAAGAGACCACCACCACCAGCCGCCGCAGCCACCAUGAUCGCCCAUCGUCGUCAUCCGAACCCAUCGACGACGACGAUGGAGAGCUUACUGUUCCCCUGCCGCGGCAGGGAACAACGGAGCAACAAGAACAACAACAGUAGUACGAGCGAGAAGAAGGCGAUGGCGGAGAGCGUGGAGCGAGCUUGCAGCGACAUAGCGUGGGGCCAGAAGCGGGAGGUCGGGAGGAUCGGGCUGGCGCUGCAGGAUCACAUCUGCAGGGACUUGGUCGAGGAGUUCGUCAGAGAGGUGUUCGGACAUUACUUGAUGAACAAGUAUUACAAGUUCUACUACGACAGUAAAAAUUCUCGUCAGUCAUCAUGUGACAUGAUCGGUACGCUGCCGUUCGAUGCUUGUAGGAGAAGUCUGCGUUUCUGA